AUGAGCGGCAAUCUCGUCAGCGUCCAAUCCGAGCUAACGCUCGGCCCCAGCCCAACCACUGUGGGAAUGGCCGCUACAUUGUCUGAUAGUCGAAGCUGGACUUGUACGCCGUACACUUAUCGAGCACAACAGUACCACUCCACAGGGAAUACUGGGAUCAUUGAUGAAUCAGCUCUGGCUCUCGCAUGCAACGCACUGUGGGCCAAAGCUUGUGAACAUUCAAUUACCGUCAAAUCUAUUCUCCAUAUCUCUUCCGGUCCUUCUGAUCUGUCGGUGUUUCCUUAUGCUCUUCCUGAUGAACUAGAAGCUGCUAGGUGGGAGGAUGAAACUAUGUCUGUACUUCUACGUGAUGACCCAGAAAUGCUUGGACCAAAGGCCUGGCAUCAAGACCAUCAUCAACUACAUUGGGCUAAGCUGUUGGAUGAAUCGUUAUGCAGAGCCUAUAUUCAGUUCAGUUUAAUGAGAAUGUGUCAUCAACAGGAGGUCAUGAAAGCUUUGCUGCAAGGGGUGGCUGGGGGUUCGGUCUUACAAGGAUUGUUGCUGACUACACGUGACCAACUAUUUGAAGAUGACUCCCCGCUGGAAACUGUUGAUGCCGAGGAAUUAAACUAUGAUUGGACCCAUGGGGCUGAGGAGUGCUGUCUUAGAUGGAAAACUGCAUUGGCCAACUUCUUUGACCAAGGCACCCAGGAGCUGGAGGCUUUGGCAGUAACUGCACUGCGGGAGAUGAGGAAAUGGACUCAAAGACCGAGUACCACCCGCAAAUCUGGGAUGGAAUCGGUUAUCUUGUGUUCUGGCCUGGGUCACGAAAUCCUCUGGAUCUCCAACCCACGAGUGGGUUUGGAGAACAGGACCCCUUAUUUGUCUCUGAGCUUCCAGCGAUAUCGUUGGAAAGAGAGUCUGCUUAGUUGUUUGCUUCCAUGGGUGGAUCGAGUCUUACCUCCCAGGAUCCAGACCAGCCAGUGUUCAAAUGCAAAUGCCCGAGAAUUUCUGCGGCUCCUGUCCCGGAAUCAUGCAUGUCCAUUUAGGUCCAAUUACUCCUCAGUAUUUGCGUUUUCAUCCAAGAGAUGCUUCCUGGCUGAAGCUGUUAGAUGGAUGUUACCAACCUUGGCUGCUAAGGCGCCAUCUGUGACCUGGAUAUGCAAGGCCUCAUUGAACCAUCUAUUCUGUUUGAUCUGCGGUUUCUCCGUUGCUGAUCUGGAUUCCCUUCAUCUGGACGAAGAGCUGCAUUUGGUUCUGAAGUUAUCUGCAGAGCUGAGGAGCAUACGACGAGAAUUGUCCGAGCGUUUUCAUACGAAGUUCCACAAAAGCGUGGAUCUGGUUACCCGGGGUUGUCGUGCAUGCUAUCAUCAACCUGAGGAUUCCAAGUGUGUCAGGUAUUGGACUGUUGAACCCAGUUAUCACUCAGAAAUACAUGGGAAGGUCGUCACGCCCUAUCCUGCCAAUGAUCCUGAUCGACUUCCUCCCACAGGGAAGGGCAGGGUGGUCUAUACCGAUUAUGUUCCUCUAAUGGGUUUGGGUUUGAAAAAGAUCUCUCGCCAUGCAGAUGUGCUGGCACACUGUGGCCGGGACGUCACCCUGUUGGUUGAUGCCAGCUCACCCAAUACUGUGUUAGCAGGAGUUUCCUUUGACACAUUUUCUCAUCAGGACCUUCAGAAGAUCCAUCACGAAGCAUCUGCCGAAAAGGAAACCAAAGCCAUUAAACAGGGCAGCCAGUUCCGCCGCUUUGAAUGGGGAAGGAUGCACCCCAUAGGCUCCAGGAAACCUACUGGAGGAAAGCCUGGAGACACCUAUACCAGCUAUACUGGUAUGGAGGUGACAGAUACAUCCCACAUCAAGUUGCUCUUUGCUCAUGCUGCCGAUGUGGAAAGGAUGGUGGCUGCGAUCACACCAGUUCAUCCUCAGGUGGCUGGGGAGCUCUGA